UGCGCCGUGCAUUAUACGAGUUGAAGCAAUCCCCUCGAGCCUUAUAUGCAAAGUUUAGUACUAUUGUGUUGAGGAGUUAAAACAAUCUCUCAGUCAGAAAUUUUAGAUGAAAGAUCUUGGUGUUCUGAGCUAUUUUUUGGGGCUUGAAGUGACCUCUUCAGAUGAUGGCUACCUGCUUUCUCAAGUAAAGUAUGCCUCCGAUCUUGUUUCUAAAGCUGAACUCAAUGAUGGUAAGAGUGUUUCUACACCUCUUGAACCUAAUGUCAAGCUUACACCUAUGGAUGGCUCUCCACUUUUUGAUCCUACUCGUUAUCGGCAAUCGGUUGGUAGUCUAAUUUAUCUUACUAUGACACGCCUUGAUAUAGCAUAUGUACUUCACAUUGUUAGUCAGUUUAUGGCUGGUCCUCGCUCCACUCAUUAUGCAGCAAUACUUCACAUUAUUCGCCAUGUUAAGGGAACAUUAUUUCAUGGACUCCAUUUUUGUACCAACUCCUUCCCUGUGCUUUGCGCUUACUCUGAUACUGAUUGGGCUGGUAAUCCUUCUGAUCGUAGAUCUACCACUGGUUACUAUCUUUUCCUUGGUAAUUCUCUUAUCUCUUGGCAGAGUAAGAAACAAACUAUUCCAUCUUGGUCUAGUACUGAAGCUAAAACGGUCAUUCUUCGUAGAAGAAGAAAGCCGAAGAUUCACCGCAAACCGAAACCUGCAGGUAACCAGUUUAUUGAAUCUACUGAAACUCAAGGUGAGGUUAUUACAGAUCCAAAUAGCAGUGCAACUGCAACACCGGCACCUGAUGAGCACGAUAAGGAUGAGGAACGAGAAGAGGCCAUCAAAUGCUUAUCAUGUUUCAGCUUCUGCAUUCCUACAGGAAGUGGUUUCUGGAUUUUCCAGGCUCCCAAAGGAGGCCAAGUGAUUGAAAGCCCGCAAAUCCCAGAAGAAGAUCAGAUACCUUCAGACAGGACAAAAUGUUGGUUGUUCGGUAUUUUUACAUCGGUCAAGAGGGAAACACCUGUUGAGCAAGGGGCCGACCUUGAAGCAGGGCCAGUAGAAACGAUAGAUUCAAAUGAUAUUGCAGGCAACGCUGUUGUUACAUAUGCCAGCGCUAGUGAACCCCGUGGACUGGAAAUUCUAAAAAGCAUUGUUUAUGGUGGUUUAAUUGAAUCAAUUACAAGUUUAGGUGUUGUGUCAUCUGCAGCAGGUGGUGGUGCUUCCACAUUGAACAUUUUAGCUUUGGGAUUGGCGAAUUUGAUCAGUGGCCUGAUCAUCCUUAUUCACAGCCUUAGCGACUUGAAAAAUGACCGAUCUGGAGCUGAAGGGGUUAUCGGUGAAAUCAGUACUCAAGAAGACCGGUACCAAGAACUACUAGGGCGAAGAGAGAACUUUUGUUUGCACACAACCGUGUCUAUUUUAUCAUACCUCAUCUUUGGUCUGGUUCCUCCAGUUGUCUAUGGCUUCUCGUUUCGACAGAGCAAUGACACAGACCUCAAGCUUGCAGCAGUUGCGGCUGCUUCUUUUGUAUGCAUCAUUUUGCUUGCAAUUGGGAAAGCUUACGUUGGAAAGGCACCAAGAAGCUACUUCAGAACUGUAUUAUUCUAUGUGAUUGCAGGGUUUUCUGCCUCUGGGGUGUCGUUUUUAGUUGGUGAAUUGGUGAGAAAACUCUUAGAGAAGCUGGGUUGGUUUGAGUCAAGUUCAGAUCUCAUAAUGCCUCUUUUGGAAGCCAAAACAUUUGAGGGAGAAUGGGCAUCCUUUUGAAGUCCUAGGAUUAUUUUAGUCAUUUUGGAAAAGAAGCUUUUCGGAAUAAUUUUGGUCUUGGUUUGCCACUGGUUUUGCUGAAUGUGAACCUUCUCUAUCUUUUUUUUCCCUAUUGGUGUGAUAAUUG